UCACGCGAAUAUCUACAAAUAUUUCAAAUAAUUUACAAAAAUGCCGGACGAUAUACAAACACGACACUACGAGUCCAUGCUAUUCAACUACGGGACCGUACAGCGAACGGAUUACAGGGAACAUGAAAUUAAACCUCCCGUGCCUACACUCUUUAAGGAAAAACCGCAGAAAUAUAAAGUGGAAUGUAAAGGUAUCAAGGACACGCAGACUAUGUGUGAGAGGCUGCCAAUCCCGUUCGAUCUCUUUAUUAGACCUAAAGAGAUCAUAAGGAGUGAUCCUAGAGUCGUGCAGAAAACUUUCUUAAAACCUGAAGACCUAGGGCGUGAGGAGGCGCAGAGGACCCGCCCACGUCUGGUUAUGACGCCCGCCGUCAGUAUGGACGACAUCGCCAACAAGCAAGUCCGCGAUUUGCUGAUAAAGGACAUUUAUAAGAGCACGGUGCGGGUCGCGACGGAGGAGGGAGUUUCCCUGACCAACUACAAGACCGUUCGGGCUCCUUUCCCGGGCCUGCCAGCACCAGCUAAUCCGAUAGCCCUACCAAAGCUGAACGCGCAAUACGUGUCUCCAGAGUGGCGCAUGGACUCGGUCUCGUGGGACAACCGGCAGCUUCGCGCCUACUGCGACCCCACUAAAAAGUUCUGGCUCGAAAGGACUCCCAAAUGCAGCGUAUGUGACGCCACAGCGGCGCGGACAGCACAACAGAAAAUGAAAGAACAAAUGAAAACGCGGGCGUGAACAGGAAGCUUUAUUGUCAAACUUAAUAUAUCCCACAAUACAUGUUGUUAGUGAUAG